AUGUCUCUUUUAAAAUGGCUUGUAAUGGGAUCUGGAAAACAAACAACAAACGAAACAUGGAAUAAUGGCUCAGAAAAAUAUUUCGGUUUGGAAAACUGUUUUAUGUUGUGGUAUGAAAAUCAACCUUUCAAUUGA